UCAACCGCCCACAGCGCGGCUUUGCUUCCGACCCUGGUCGUUGCGGCAGCCUCAGGGCGCGGACGCCCGGCCUCUCCGCCCAAAUGUUAGUUUGUAAAACAGCGGGGCUGGAGUCUGCUGGGUUUGCAGGCUUCCGCCUUGUAGGAAGUCUGGGAGGCUCAGAAUUUCCAACUCUUUCACCUUAGAGCCCUCUUCGCCCAGGCAAAACCACCCAGUAACUUGGCUCCCACAGCCUGAGCAGUUUCUUGGCGUGGCCGGCGUCCCUGCCUUUCUGUUACCACAGAUAGAUGUAAGCCUGUGCCUACCUUAAGUGCAAGGAAAGAAUACAAUUUUUUGAUCUAUCAUUUGGAAGUGAAGUAAGAUAACGAAAUGAAGCCAGCGCAACAUCUGUUAGCCUCUAGUAAGAAAUGGGCAAAUGUUCCAGAAUUCACUUACCAAAAAGGACUAUUUAAUUUACCAUUGUCACCUAAACCAAAGGAAAAACGUAGUGCAAAAUUUGUACGUGAUAAACUUGAACCAAUGGUUUUAGGAUCUCCACCAACAGGGGAAUCCAUUGUAAGGUAUGCUUUGCCCAUUCCGUCAAAUAAAACAAAGGAGUUAAUAGCAGAAGAUGAAUUGAUCAGGAAAAUUACCAAACAUCUGAAGAUGAUUGUUUCUACUUUGGAAGAAACCUAUGGAUUUGACAUUCAAAAUAGAGAAAAAUUAGUUGUGAAGCCUGAAAAUGAAGAAUUAACUUUUUCGGUUGGGGAUGAUCUGAAUUCAUUCUUGGUAUGUUGUUCACAAUUUGCAGCUCAGUUAGAAGCAGCAGCUAAGGAAGAACGUAAUAUUUUGGAAUCUCUUUUUAAGUGGUUUCAACGACAGGUCAAUCAGAUGGAAGAGAUAAGUAAAGAUCAAACCUUUUUAGAGGCAGAGUGUCCAAUUCCUGACAAAACAGUCACUUUAAGCGUUGCACAAGUAGUAAAGCAAGUGCAAAAACUAGAAGAACUGAAAAAUCUCCUUAAACAACGGACUAAACGCUCCUCAAGAGCCCCAUUGUCUAAAGCCAAGGAUACUGAAAAUUCACCAGGAACAGUGCAUAGUAAUGAAGUUGUACAGCAGAUAAUUGAAGAAUUCAUAAAAACUCACUCAACUGAAGAAUUUAGAGAUGUUUCUGCAACUGAUCCACAAACUACAUUUUCACUGAUGAGUCGAUUGAAUGUCAUGUUGAAAAUAUUUGAAAAACAGUCAAAUAUGUUGGAGAGAGCUGUGAGUGAUCAAAGUUUGUUAGAGGCUAAAUACAAACAAAUGGAAAAUAAUUUUCAAGUGUUAUUAGAGGAGAAAUUAGGGCUGGAAAGUGAACUACAGAAGUUAAAGAAUCCUGAGAAAACAAAGUCAACAUACAAUAGGACAAAGAAAACUAUAAAAACUGAGAAGAAAAAAGACAAAGGAAAACCUGAGGAUUCAGAAGAGAAGAAGUCUCUAGUCAGAGAGCUUAAAAUAAAAGGAGAUUUGCUUGAAGUCCAAAAAGUAGCACAUGCUCUGGAAAUUGAGAACAAAUUCCUUCAGGAACAACUGAAACAGGCUUUCCAGGAAGCUGAAAGAGCUAAGCAUCAACUUGACUAUUUCCUAAAUCAAGGGAAAGACUCACUUAAAAGUGAAGGGAAGACCAAGACAAAAAUGGAAAUGGGUAUUAGUAAAAUAAAAGUUGAAGAUUCAGAAGAUAUGCCAUUGGAGAGAGGAACAAAGAAAUCAGUAGUUACAGAUUCGGGUGGACAAGAGACAAGUUCUAAACUCCAAGAACAUCUACAGAUCUCAAAUGUCCCAAAUGGAAGCCCACUUGACAAAAGCUCAGAGAAGAAAAGAGCUAGCUCUGCUAUUUCAGAUCUUUCACAGAUCCUAAAGUCUCAAGAUGGAUCAGCUUUUUUAAGGAAUUCAAGUGAAGUUUCAGCUGAUAAAGACCUAUCCUAUAUACUUCCAUUAAAGACCCAUGAUAAAUCAUUAACAAGACUAUUAUCAAAGGAAGAGAUUGAAGAUUUACUGUCUGCCAAAACAUCACUUCAAGGGAAUGAAACAGCAACAGCAUCAUUCAUUUCACCUCCUGUUCUUACCAAAAGAAAGCCAAUGGGUAGUGACCUUUCAAAGGAUGCUGCUGUAGAAGAGAAAUUACAAAAUAAGACUGAAAAACAAACUUACCAAGUAUCAAGAGAAUUUCAAGCUCAGGAUAAAGUACCUGAUGAAAAUAUUGGACUUGAGGAUGAAGCAGUAUCAAGCACACUCAUGCAAAUGUUUACUAGAAUGAAUAGACGCCAUGCAUUUCUUGUAUCUCAGCAAAAGGAUAUGGUAUCUACUACAAAUCAGUUGCCUGAGGGCAUGGCUUUAAUUUUAAGAAGCCUAUCUCAAGAUAAGAAUCUUAAAUCUACCAGAAGUGAGUGCUUUGAUACUCACGAUGAUGUACCAGACAAAAACCUUAUGUUAAAGCAUGAGGACUCAAAGUCAAAAACAGAAAUGCAAGUAAAGAAACAAAGAAGUACCCGAAAUGAAACACUUAUUAUUCAUGAUAAUAUGACAGAUGGAAAUCCUGUGCUUGAGCAUCAAGAGUCAACGUCAAAAAUCCAAUUGCAAGUAAAGGAACAAAAAAUUGCUAAAGGGGAAAGACUCACUACUCACAAUAAAGUACCAGAAAAUUUUAUGCUUGAGCCUCAAGAUUCAAUGUCAAAAACCCAUCUGCAAGUAAAGAAAAAAAGAACUUCUAAAGGGGAAAGAGUCAGUAUUCAGGAUGAAGUAACAGAUGAAAAUCAUAUGCUUCAGCAUCAAGACUCAAUAUCAAAAUCAGAAAUUCAAGUGAAGAAACAAAGAACUCACAAAAGGGAAAGACUUAGUACUCAUGAUGAUGUGCCAGACAAAAAUCUUGUGCUUAAGUACCAAGAUUCAGUGUCAAAACAUCAAAUACAAGUGCAGAAACAAGUAACUUCCAGAGAGAAAGAACACAUGACCUUUGAUGAAGUACAAGAUGAAAAUCUUAUGCUUAAACAUCAAGACUCAGUGUUAGAAACGCAAGUACAAAAAACUUCCAUGGAGGAAAUACUCAGUACUCAUUUUAGAGUGCCAGAUGAAAAUCUAAUGCUUGUGAGUCAAGAUUCAGUGUCAAAGCCUCAAGUGCAAGUAGAGAAAAAAAUAACUCACAAAAGGGAAAGACGCCAUACUUAUUUUGGUGCACCAGAUGAAAAUCCAGAUGUAAAUCCAGAGUCAGCAUCAAAAUUCCAAGUGAAAGUAAAGAAAGAAAUAACUUCCAAAGAGGGGAGACGCAAAACAUUUCCUCUUGAAAAGCAAAAACAUUAUAUGAUAUCACAUGAAAACCUAUUUCCUGAGGAGAAAGUUUUAUUUUCAAGAAACCAGUUUCAAACUAAGAAUGAAGCUACCAGAAACAUGAAUCUUGGUACCUCUAUUUCUGUAGCUGAGAAAAUGGAUGAGAAAGCAGGUAAAAAUCUUUCACCCGAAGAUAAUAAAGUUUUAAUUUCAAAAGGCUCAUCUCAAAUUAAGACACUUGGAGUUGCCAGCAAAGCAGGAUUUAGUAAUCAGGAUAUGGAUGAACCCUCAGGUUUUACACUUGAAAAUCUAGAACUCACUUCAGGAUACAAGGAUCAACAUCAAACAAGGGGAGUUUACCAAUCUCAAAGAUUGAGUGUUAAAAAUGAAGCAGCCUCAGAACUUUCAGAUACAGCAGAUCGUCCAGCAAUAUAUACAUCAAUUAGUGAUCUAAUACAUCAAUUAGAUUUAAACAAAGUCAUAGAAACUAAUAUAGAACACUUGAAAGGUGUUAAUGGAACACAUAUAUUGCUGAAGGAAAUGAAGAUACAAUCAAAGAAUCUCCCUGAGAUUGAUGCAGAGCCCCUCCCAGGUGCUAUGGGAAGAGGUAUGCUAAAGAAGGAGAUCAAGACACAGUCAAAGAGUCAUGCUGGUGUGAAUUUAUUUAAAGACAGUUAUAUGUACCCACAACAUAAAGAAGAUUUUUUUACCAGUGACAUCGCACCACAGGAAGUCUCAACAAACAGGAUCAGUUUUUCAUCUUUUGACAAUCAAGGAAUGAAUUUGUUUAAAAACAAAAAUAUAUUUUCAAACCAACAAGAUUUAGUUCCAAAGAACAUCUCAAUGAGUAAAUUCCCAACAAAAGUGAUCAAUUUAUCACCCUUUGACAAUCAAGAAGAACCUUAUGAGUACACUUCACCCCAUGUAACUGAACCUCCAAAAGCAAAUCGUAGAACCUCUAGGGCUGGGUCAACCAUUUAUAAAGCCAUCCAGCUUCCUUCAUUGAAUAAAGAACCUUCAGGGCAUCCAAAAAAUUCUGUCUCAAAAAAACAUGUUGGAUUUACGAAUACUCUGCCUGCUAUAAUCUCUACAACUAGAAAACCUAUCUAUGAAGUGCCACAUCCUGCUGCCCGAAAUCUCUACCACGUCCCUAUUUUUGGGAAAAACUAAGUUCUGGUCAAGAUAAGCAACAUGAGCAAAUAGCAAUGAAAUGUGCAAAUGUGGAAGCUUUAUGAAAAUAACACUAACUUGAAAGGAUGGUGCUUAUUGAACAAUAGUGAGAAAUACCCUAGAAAAAUAGGGGAGACCAGAUUAUGUAGGAGUUUAGUUGGUAGCAGAAUUCUUCUUUAUCAUCUGGAACAAACUUGAAACUCAAGAUCAAAGCUUUUUUGUUGCUGAUGUUAAGAAAGGAGCUCUAUGCUGAAGCUCCAGCUUGCUUCUAUUCACUAAUAGUCCUGUAAUAUCUUCAGGUGUGAUGCGAAACCAAUUAAAUAAAAUU